CUUUCACACGUUCAAGCAUCCAUCUUGGAUGUUAUCGCCAAAGCCAAAAUUUCUGGGUUCAAAGCUAGCUUUGAUAUCUCGUACACGACCUUUUGUUCUCUGCAGAAAACUCAGCAGCGUACCUUCAAAGCCCUUCACUGUUCUUGCCCUCGAGUCCUCUGCCGACGACACAUGCGCAGCCGUAGUCGAUUCAAACCGGAAGAUUCUCUCCAAUGUCAGGAUUAGACAGCACCAGUUGCACGAAAGUUGGGGUGGGAUACAUCCAGCGGUAGCCAUACUGGCACACCAGAGAAAUAUGCCAGUCGCUGUGAAACGUGCUCUGGAAGAAGCCCAUAUGAACGUGAACGAUGUAGACGGAGUUGCCUUCACUCGAGGUCCAGGUAUUCCUGGCUGUCUCGCUGUUGGAUGUAACGCCGCCAAAAAUCUGGCCGCUGCCUUAGGAAAACCACUUGUUGGUGUUCACCAUAUGCAAGCACACGCUCUUACCCCCAUUCUCACAACUCCUCCGGACUCAAUCCCAACGUUCCCGUUCCUGACACUCCUCGUCUCUGGUGGACACACUCUGCUUUUGUUGGCCUCCUCCGAAGAUUCGUUCACAAUCCUCGCAACGACACCAGAUGAAAGUAUUGGAAGAACAAUUGACAAGGUCUCAAGGAUGCUUGAACUCAAAUGGGACGAUGUCGGACCCGGCGUCGCUUUGGAGAGGUUUUGCGCUUCGCAGGGUGAAAGCCGUGUUCCUGAAGAUUUUACACCGUUUCCCCGACCUAUGCCUGGAAAACUUGCAUUCUCGUAUUCAGGUUUUCACUCCAGUGUCGAGAGAUAUCUAGACCGAAUUGGAGGAGUCGGUAAUUUGGUAGAAGAAGAGAAACUCGGUAUCGCGAGAGCGUUUCAGACAGCAGCAUUCGAGCAUUUGGAGGGUAAAUUGAAGUUGGCGUUUCGGUGGUGCCAGAAACGUGGAGUUGAGGUCAAACAUUUGGUUGUCAGCGGAGGGGUUGCGAGUAAUGCCUUAUUAAGGAUGAGACUUGCGACAUGCUUAGAAGAAGUUGAGCGAGAAGUCGGUUUGAAUGUACCGGUAGUACCGAUCUUUCCACCGCCUGCCUUAUGUACAGACAAUGCAGCGAUGAUCGCCUGGUCCUCAAUGCGCCGUUUCCUCGCAGGCGAUUACGAUGAUUAUACCAUUGCUCCAAGACCAAAGUGGAGUGUUGAAGACAUUAAUACAGAUGCUCCUGAUGUUCUUUGGGGACAGCAACUAAGCAAGGCGAGUUAAUGGGAGUGAUCGCGAGAUGUAAAAGUAAAAUAGGACUCUAUUGAAAGCACUGUAUUCUAUGCUUCUCUGCGCAGAAAAAGAACGAUCCGACCUGCCUGGUUCAAACAGGAGACCCCAAGAUGAUGAACACCAG